UCCAAAUCAAAACACCCCAUAAAUUUAAAAUGCUGGGGAACUGUCGCCUAAACGGCUUAAUGAGGCAUUUAAGCCGUGUAAAAAAACGUUACUACAGAUCCCACUCAACAAAUCAACGCGGCAUUAUACUGGGUAUUGAAACUUCGUGCGACGACACCGGUUGCGCAAUUGUGGACACCGACGGCCACAUCUUGGGUGAAUCUCUACGCUCCCAACAUCUAGUACACCUCAAUGUGUGGCAGCAAUGGUGGAAUCAUCCCCCCGAUAGCUCAGGACUUGCACAGGCAAAACAUUGAAGAUGUUGUCAAUGAAGCUGUGACGCAGGCGGGAAUCUCGUUUAAGGAUAUUGAUGCAAUUGCCACGACUGUUAAACCAGGUUUACCAUUGUCGCUCUUGAUUGGCAUGAAAUAUGGCAAACAUUUGUGUAGAAUUCACAAGAAACCGUUCAUGCCUAUCCACCACAUGGAAGCACACGCUUUGACGGCACGAAUGCACGACAAAUCUGUACAAUUUCCUUUCGUCGUUUUACUUAUAAGUGGUGGACAUUGUUUGGUGGCAAUUGCUAGGAAAGUUGACGACUUUUUGUUGCUGGGCGAAAGCAUUGAUGAUGCUCCAGGGGAAGCUUAUGAUAAGAUGGCAAGAAGAAUGAAGCUGAAAAACGUGCCAGAAUACUCAAAACUAUCAGGUGGACAAGCUGUAGAAUUAGCUGCUGCUAAGGCGGAUGAUCCGCUUCAAUUUAAAUUUACAACACCAAUGUUGGCUUAUAAAGAUUGUAAUUUUAGUUUGGCUGGCAUUAAAAAUCAAGUUUUCAGACACAUUGUACAACAAGAGAAAGAACACAAUGUUGCAGCAGAUGGUUUGAUACCAGACAUCAACAACUUAUGUGCUGGCUUCCAAUUGGUGAUAACAAGACAUUUGUGUCACAGAUUACAAAGAGGUAUCGAAUAUGCGGAGAAAAACGGUUAUAUUUUACCCGAAAAUAGAACUCUGGUAGUCUCUGGAGGCGCAGCUUGUAAUAAUUUUAUUGCUGAAGGCGUAAAAAUGGUUUGUGAUGAGUUGGGGUACAAAUUUGUUAGGCCACCUCCUAAAUUAUGCACUGACAAUGGUGUCAUGAUUGCAUGGAAUGGUGUUGAAAGGUGGAAAGCAAAUAUUGGAAUUUAUGAGGAUUUUGAACAUAUUGAGAUAGAAAAAUCUUGUCCUUUGGGUACAAGAUUGAUUGAAGACGUUGCUGAGCAAAACUUAAGUUGUAAAUGGGUGAAAUUAACAAGGCUAAACAAACCUCAACAUAGUUGGAAAACAGAGACAGACUUAAAUGUAGUUUGUAAUUAAAUAAAACUAGUCUAAAUAACGUUA